CACAAACAAUGAGGUGAAAAACGAAAGAGAAAAAUGGGGCAAUUGAAGAAAGAAUUUAUCAUUGAGAUUUAAAAACUCCCAUUAUACCAAACUGCGAGUUCAUAGCUAAGCAAGCACAAUGAUAGACCACUUGCUGAGUAUAUCAGCUGCCUGCAUCAUCGGCUUAAAUGUGUUGUCUACACUUGGCCUUCUGACUGCUCGAACAAAAUUUACGCGAAUUCUUAUUUCCACCAUCUUGCUUGGUCUUACCUCAGUCUUUCAAUAUACUUUUACGACAUGGUAUCAAAAUCGGAUGCAUCGCGGCCUAGCAGCUAGCAUUUUCUGGGCUUACUUAUUAAGCUCCACAGAGCUGUUGUUGAUUUCUGAUGUUGGGUUUAAAGAUGCCCCCGAACCCAGUAAUGGGCUGCUAUCAUGGAGAAACAUAAAAUGGGCAAUUUUCCUUUCAUGGAAUAUGCGCAGGGUUGGCACGAAAUGGGAAGUUAAAAACAUACCUUCGUUCAGUGGUGGCCGAACCAAGUCGAAAGAAGUACCUUCGGCGACACAAUUUAUUCGCAAAAGACUCCUCAUUGUUGUACUCGCGUCGUUAUUUCUCGAUGCAAUAACUUCUGGGCCGCCGCCGGACAUGGAAAUGUUCUCGGAGGAAAAGCAGUACCUGAAUUUCGCGAGAUUAAGCCAGGUAGAUCUGGAAGAGCUCAUCACAAGGGUUAUUCUCACGAUGACAAUUACGCUUAAUGCCGCACUGCCGAUUAUGAUCACGUAUUACGUCGCUUCAAUUAUUCUUGUGGCUACAGGUUUGAACACACCAGCCGAGCUUCCUCCUUUAUAUGGUCCUUUGUUAGAAUGCUAUUCCGUGCGCAGGUUCUGGGGCCUUCUCUGGCAUCAGUGGCUUCGCCGAAGCCUGACUGGUAUUGCAGCAUCCGUAACCACGUCGCUGUCGAUUCCGCGCCAGUCCAACUUGUAUCGAGUCACCAGCCUGUUGAUUGUCUUUGCGAUAUCCGGAUGCAUUCAUCAACUUAGUGACCUGGCCAUCGGAAUUCCACAGUUCGAAGCCAAUGGGUUUUAUUUCUUUAUGCUCCAGCCAUUAGCCAUCGUAUUUGAAGAUGCGUUUGAGAGUCUUUAUUUCAGAUAUUUUCGAAGGGAGGGUGGUAUAUAUGGAAGAUUAAGAACGUGGGAAUAUGUAAUCUGUUUUCUAUGGGUGGUCUUGUAUUUUACUGUGCUAGCGCCUAUAUGGUUCUGGCCAGCUGUUCGCCAUACCGAUCCUACAAGGGAUUCAUUUCUGUUGGUGAGAAUUGUGCCUUUUAAGUGAAGGAAGAAGAGUGUGGAAGGGACGAGCCGAUUAAAAGAGAAGUUUAAAAAAAAUCUAUUAUUAAAUUAAAGUA